AAUGGUUUCAAGAUUACUUGUUCAACUUGAUUCUACAACUGAAUGGAUUCUAAUUUUUGGAGUAAUUAUUGGAAUUAUAAUAAUUGGGCUAAUUGUAUAUAGAUUAUGCAGAAGAAAUCAAAAAUAGUAACCUAAAUAUUAAAAUAAUUCCAAAAAUUUCAAAGAUGUUCCUAAAUCUGAGUAAAUUUAAGAUGAUGAAAAAUUGUAAAAUAGAAUGGAUACAUCGAUGACAAAGAAGGAAUUUUUUGUUAUUGAAGAAGAGCCAGAAAAAAAAAAUGAUAAUAAUGAUAAUUAUAAUCCAGGCGAAGUUAAUGAAAGCAUCAAUUUAAGCAAUGUAUUUAAUCUAGAAGGUGAGGGUAAAUAAUAUUAAAACACUAAGUAUUAAUAGAUUAGACAAAAUUGA